GCUCUCACACUAACUCCCUUUCUCUAAGUACCAUCGCUGUGCUGAAACUUCUAUUUUUUUGGGAAGUGCGGGGACUAUUUUAAGGGGGUUGCUGGAUCAUAAUGGUUAUUAUUUUUAACGCGGUGCGCCCGGGCGCACACGGUUCAGGCGAGCGCGCCGCGUUACGUAAAGCAGUGCACGUCCCUGGCUCGGCCGGACACAUAUGUGUCGCUUCUCGUGUUCUCUUUUUUCGGAAGCGUCGCGGAAGGAUCCAUCUCUGGAGUUGAGGUCAGCGCUUCCGCCCAGUUUUCCUAUGUGCACCGCCGAGUUGAAAAUGGAGUUCGGGGAAGGCUGCGAUCUCACAUCGGCUUAUUAAGAAAAAAAACACAGGAAAAACAAUCAAAUACGCACGGCUCCGUGUCCUUUCCUUUUGAUUUGGUUUCAGGACGGACUUACGCUUUUAUGCGUUGGAGGUGGAUAUUUUAUCAGAAGACUAUACGCUGCAGCACUCCGCACUAGAUAACGCCGUGUGCCCCCAGUUACCGAGGGAAUUUGUUGCUCCGGAUAAACGUGCCUGUAUUUAUGCUGUUUGCCUUUUUUUCUCCGCCUCUUUUAUUUUCUUUGCGUUUUAAAUAAAACAUCGGCAUUCGUCUGACUAGCUGAUCGUGGCUUGGUGUGAUUAUAAGGAUGAUUAUUUUGCGGUGGCUGGAUUUUACUGCAGUCGAAGAAAGAACAACUCCAUCUUGCUAUUCUCACGAAUAGAUCACGGCUGUGUGUGUGAUCAGCUGCAAUGCAUUUGCCAUAGAUCGUACAAUUUCCCUUUUUAUUUGAUAUAAACUAUUGGUCCUGUGUUUUUUCCUCAUUUUUUUUUAAAAAAAUGGUGAUGUUUGCGCGAUUUUUCCCCGCUGUGGCUGCGUCGUUGGUGCGACUAGGAUUGGGAUCCCCGUGAGGAAAAAUGAGCGAGGAAUCGGUUAAUCCAACCAACGAUGACAGUGACUAUUUUGCACGUGUGAGAGCCGUGGUCAUGACUCGGGACGACUCCAGCGGAGGGUGGCUUCCCAUGACGGGUGGGGGUCUCAGCUGUGUCACCGUCAGGAGAGUGAGGCGGCAGGAUGGAGACGGCAGCCGCACCGACUUCCUCAUCCAGGGGGAGAGGCUCAGAGACAAUGCGGUGGUCCUGGAGUGCGUCUUGAAGAAGGAGCUUGUCUACAACAAGGUCACCCCCAUCUUUCACCACUGGAGGCUCAACGACAAGAAGUUCGGCCUGACGUUCCAGAGCCCAGCAGAUGCCCGGGCCUUCGACAGGGGCAUCCGAAGGGCUGUGGAGGACAUCGACCAGGGCUGCCCUUCGACCCACAGUGACCCGGAGAUGUCUGAAGACGGAGUGCAGUUGAAUCCCGAAGCCCCUGCUCUUUGUCCUCCGACGAUGGAGAGGAAGGCAGAGAUCUUCUCCCGGAACGUGGUGACCAGUGAGCCCUGCCGGGUGUGCUAUGCGCACGCCCAGGCCUUCGACCUCUCCACCCCGAGUCGCCGGUACCUGCCUCCCCCGGUGAGCAUCAAGACCCCACGGCACGUGAGUUUCCAGGACGAGGAGGAGAUCGUGCGGAUCAACCCGCGGCGGGACGUUCUGAGCCGCGGCUAUGAGGAUUACCGCCACCCGGUGACGUGGAGGCCAGGCCCAGAGCGCGACGACCCGGACUCGGGGGGCCCGCUCUUCAAGCUGGACGCCGAGAAAUACCCCGGGCGUGGGGAGCUGGGCUCCGACCCGGCCAAAGGCCCCAAAGCCCCGCCAUCGCCACCGCUCAAGACGACGAAGGCGUCGCGGAGGCGCCGUGAGGACGGCGAGCGCUCGCGCUGCACCUACUGCCGCGAGAUGUUCAACCACGAGGACAACCGGCGCGGCCAGUGCCCCGACGCGCCCGAUCCUGUGCGCCAGUGCAUCCACCGCGUCAGCUGCAUGCUGUGCGCUGAGAGCAUGCUCUACCACUGCAUGUCCGACUCGGAGGGAGAUUUCUCGGACCCAUGCUCCUGCGACCCCUCCGAGGAGCACUUCUGCCUGCGCUGGAUGGCGCUGGCGGCCCUGUCGCUGGUGGCACCCUGCCUGUGCUGCUACCUGCCGCUGCGUGCCUGCUACCACUGCGGCGAGGUCUGCCGCUGCUGCGGGGGGCGCCAUAAGGCCGCCGGCUGAGCCGCCCCCCCACCCCACGCGUUUCUUGACCACCUCCAGAGGGUGACGUCUCUGUCUCUUUCUCUCUCUCUCCUGGAGCCUUUGGAGAAGGAGGGGCUGUUUUUUUUUGCCCCCUCCAGGCCGUGAGCGGUGAGCGCCUCGGCCUGCGAGGGACGGAGAGGCUCUGUAGUGCUCCACGCCGAGGACAAGCGAGAUUACGGCAAAAUCACAGGCACACACUCACACUCGCAGACGCACGCACACACGCACGCACACGCUCAUACACUUACGCAUCUAGACCGCAACACCGGACUAACAGAUGCAGCGAUGUCGAUGAGAACCAGAGCGGCACGCUGCGCUCGUCAACAUGUGUUUGUGUGUACCCUUGUGAAGGAAUCUGUUGUCUUUAGUGCAGAAAACAAACAAACAAACAAACAAAACAAUGUCGAAACAAGCCAACGUCUUGCGACUGAAAACUAGAACAGAGAAUAGCGUUGGGAGUGUACAGCAAAAGGGAUCUGCAUGGCUCUUCUUUUUCCAUUUGCAGUCGGUAACAGUGGCCUUUUUCUCAGAAAUAUCGCAUUUGCUGGUGAAACGGCGCAGUUUUUGCCACAGGAUCCCUCAAGAGCGGGUCUUGACGCCAUUGACGGUUCGCUUUCCUGAUCUUCACGUAACCGUGCAGGUGUGAUAGGUGUGCUUCUCGUUCGUUUGGGACUGUCUGUUGCGAUUCUCAUUGGUUUUGCCGCCAUUUUGCGACUUCCCGCUCUUGGCAAGGCCAGUUCACACACAAUAUUUCAUUCCAAUGCAAGAUGAUUCAUUCCGUAACAAAAACGUCUGCGCCUAUGUAGACCCUGCCGGGGGGGGUUAAAGUUAUUAACAGUUAUACUUUAUUUUCUGUAUCAAAGGUAAAGAAGCCCUUAUUUAAUGAACUCGAGACCAAUCUAAAGUAGUUUUACUAUCAAGUGAUCUUGAUAAUGUUUUCUUUACCUCUGCUGUGGUUAUCUGCUUCAGAUAUUUUUGUUUGGUUUUGUUUUUUUAUUUGUUCUGUUUAACUGACAAAUAAGCAUUUCAUUCAGCAGUUUUUUGUUUUUACAGUGGCACUUAAUGGUCAGUCAAUCCUUCGCAGUCUCUUUCUAAUAAGGAUGGGAUUUAUUACAAUAUUCCCCAGACAUAAAGAAACCAAAAAAACACAAUAAAGUAAUCAUACAUCGUUUGAAAGUGCUGGUUUCCACAUGCACCACGAUUCCCGUUUAAAAUGAGAUUAGUGAAAUCCACCACACAGCAACAAAGAUGUAUAUAUGUAUACGUAUAUGCAUAUAUACAUUUACAUAUAGCUGAUAGCCUGUCUGUGUGCAUGUGUAUAUUUGCGUAUGUAUACUUGUAUAUCUACACAUAAAAUUGUGUAUAGUAACAUGCUCACACAUACUAUGUCAGUAGGCAAUAAAUGUAAUCUAUAUUGAUCAUUUGCAGAGGUAUUUAUUCAAGUUGAUAUAGUACAUACUAAUAUCGUUGAAUUAAAGCUUGGCGUGUGAUUGCUAAUUGAGCACACAAUAUUAGUAUUUGCUUUUUAAAAAAUUUGUUUUACUCGAUAUUCAUCCAUCUAGAAUAUUUAUGUGCAUUUUUUUUUUUCCCGUUUAACGGCAUCUUGAAACACGGCGAAUUUGGUAAAUCCCAACAAGUACACUUUAAGAAGAGCAGUUAUUGUGGCAGCCUGAGAGGCCCCAUCCCCCUCCCCCCCCUCCCCCCCCCCCGGCGAUGGGGAUGGGGGUGAUGGCUGCAAUUCUCGGCAUUACCCAUGUAAGAGCCACUCUCACUUCUCAGCACCAAACUUUCUUCACCUUUCUAUGCAAUUUCAGCUGCCCGGAGGCUUCCCUUUGCUGACACGUUCGUUGUAUAGACUGACUCUAUAUUAAUGAGGUAAUCCCGAGGUACUGAACCUACAGCAUCUGUAAAUAAAUAACCCUAUGUCUAAAUCAUGAUAGCCCCCAUGCUAAAUUGGUUAGAUGUAUUUAUCACCGCUGUUAGACUUUACUGUCCUAGACCUGACAGUGUUAUGUACAUAGCUCACCUUUGAGUAUUGUUUCACAUUGAAAAGUAGAGAGUGUGGUUUACCUGAUGGAAAUUACUUAAGGGGUUAAAGACUUUCUUUCUAGUUUUGUAAUCGAGAGAAUAAGUGCAGACGGCUAAUGCGGUACAGUAGUGGCAGUCCACUUAUUAUUUUUAAACGUUUAAUAUCUAAAGCUGCUAGAACAAUCGCUAAUUUUGUCGUUUAGCAAAAUAAAAACAGAAAGAAAAACGGCUUCGUAAUUUAGGGAAGAGUGAAAAGUUAACCAGUUCUCAAAGAGCAUUAAAUAAGCAUAUGGAGAGUGGAUUAUUAUUAUUUUUUUUCCCCCUUAGCUUAGCUUUGUUUCUAAGCACGUUAUUUUCUCCCAUGUCAGGCAUUUGAUUUAUUUGCAUAUUGCAAGCUGAACCAAGGUGGGACGAAUCUGAUUGAACUUUGCUUUGUCUUAGGAGAGAUGCAGUGGAGAAUGUGUAUAUUGGACAAUACCGAUCAAGUGAAUUUCUGCUCUGUAUUAUACGGCACAGUGCUACUCCUCGUCAUGUACUGUAUUUUAUAUGCAUUGUCAACUCUGAUCCUUUUAACUUGCCUCUUUACUUGCAUAACUGAGACAUUUCACUGCUAGUGUAUAUUGUCAUAUUUUCUAUAUAAAAAAAAAAAGAAAAUGGGGAAAAAAAAAGAUUGCAUUCGGAAGGCAUAAAGAUGCACGUAUAUUCUAGUCUGCGGAGGUUAAUUUCAUGAGUGCAAAGCUGCUCCGCUUCAUUCCCAAUGUUUGAGUUGCUUUGCCAGCGGAAAAGUGGUUUUCCUAUGACCUCUCCAUACUCUAUAAGUUCUUGGUCAUGUUAAGUGAUUUACUUCUUGAGCAUAAGUGAGAAACCGUCAAUGUGUUAGGCUGCAGUAUAUAUGGUACACCAAUCACUUUAAAAAAAAUGAAUUCUUUUAAUGCUGGCUCUGUGCUACGUAUCACGCCUGACUACUUCCAUUUCUCCAUGUCUAAUUUAUCUUUUACCUUCCUAGUGCCAUGCGUUCACGUCCUGACAACCUCAAAGUGCCUCCCUUAUACCGCAGUUUUCUUUGAAACUGAUAACAUCUCCUGUUUCUGGUUGCGUAUGUUGUUUUUUGUUGUUUUUUUUUCUCCCCGUCCUCUCCAUGGUUUUAAAUACCACGUCAAUGUUGUAAAAUUUGUAGUUCAAUUAACUCACAUUGUAGGUGUAUUUUCUUACUUUCUUCCUUUGAAGCGUAUACUGAUGUAGCUUAUUUCUUUCCAUAAAUAUAUAAUGUAAAUAUGCAUAUAUGUAUAAGUUUAACUGUUUUUACGUUACAUCAUACACUUGUAAUUCGACAUAUCAAAUAACAUUAUCAUAAUAAAAAUGGUAAGUUUUAA